GUUCCUUUUUAUUAUCUAAUUCACCCAUGUCAGUCACUCGGUUAAACUCAAGUAUACAUGACACUUUGAACGAGUUUGGUGAAGAAGACGAUGAUAAAAGGACAGUGGAACAGGAAGAACAAGAAGAACAAUAUUACCCUAAACAAUAUGAAUCUGGUUGGCAAGCAUGGCAACGACUUGUACCAAGGUUAGCUUUGUUUGCUUCUGUGGGUGCUGUAUCACUCUAUUUAUUAAUCCAAUUAACACACCUUGUAUUGAAUAUCGAUCUACCACAUACAUUACAAGAUGUUCAAUCAAUAGCAACACAACUGGAUACAAUGACUCAUGAAGGUACCUGGUGGGACUAUGUGAAGGUUGUUAUGGUAUUUGCAGCUAUCUAUGUGUGGCAACAAGGAUUUUCUAUGCCUGGGUGUGUUUUACUCAAUUUACUAUCUGGACAUUUAUAUGGUGUAGUGGCCGGGAGUUUAUGGACAAGUUACUUGACAGGUCUAGGUUCCACCUUGGCCUACUUUUUUGGUUGGUUAGUGGGUCAACCUGCAAUGGAAAUGGCUUGGAUACGACAUCGUGCUGACUUGAUGCGGGAACAAAUGGAAAAAGAAAGAAAAUCAACAGGUCUCUUUUGGUGGUUAUUAUUUGCUAGACUUUUUCCCUUUUCCCCUUACUGGUUUAUCAACUUGGCAUCUCCAUUAUUGGGUAUUUCUGUAGUACCUUUUUUUUGGUCAACUUUUUUGGGAUCUCUACCUUAUAAUUUUGUUUGUGCUCAAGCUGGUGAAGUAUUAGGUGAACUUUCUUCAACUUCUGAUAUCUUGACUGUCUCUUUGAUGAUCAAACUACUAUUGGUGUCUCUAAUAUCAUUAAUUCCUAUCUUUUGGGGGAAAACCAUACAAAGAAAACUACGUGGAUGGAUUCAACAACGAAAGGAAGAUGAAGAAAUGGAAUUGGAUCGUUAUCAACAACAUCGACAAACAUCUUUAGGUUAUGUACCUGUUUCCACUCAUAUUAAUUAGCUUAUUUUUUUUUCUUUUACCCUUCUGUUUUGCCUUUUAUUCUUACAUACCAAUAUAUAUAUAUAUAUAGUUUAUCUUUAUUUAAUACAGUUUACAUAGAAUAGUAUAGAUUUUCCCCCCCUCCCUCUACCUCUUAUUGAUUAUCAUUUUCAUUAAUAAAG